AACCCAUUUAGGGCUAGAUCCAGCUGUCCAAGAAACCUAGACCUGCCUUGGCCCGAACGGCGUGCGUGGCAUGCAUACGCAAAAACAAUUGUUGACAGUGACAGCGCGAAAUAAUAUCAAUGCGUCAUGCACAAAGUUCCCCCCCUUCGAUAACUCACAGACAUUACUCGCGAUCCUCCAUAUAUCAUGAAUAACUAGAUUCGAUGCUACGAUUACAGAAUGUACGGCUGGUGGGAGUUGGUCUUUUGAUAUUGUUGACUUGGUGUUUUUGGCAUAAUGUUGAGUCGGCAUUUGGUCAUCAGAGCCUCAUUACAGACCAGGAGUUUACGAGCUUUGGUAAUGUCAUCUAUAAAGCAUUAAAGGAUGCUUCACCUGGAGAAGUCGAUAUACAGCGAACAGGACAGGCGCCUGCCGUGGUAUUCUGGACGACCGAUGCAGCGUCGACCAGACCGGACUUCAUCAACAUCACAUCUACUGAUGUGUCGACUAUGCGUUUCGCGCAUUCUGCGUAUUUGAAGGAUGCGAAACACACUGAUCUUCCUUUCCAAAAAGGGACUUCUGGCAUUGUCUCUGCAGCGGCUGGAAAGUACUUGCCAGUCUUUGUGAUCUCGUUGAGGAUGUUGCGACGAACUGGAUCGCAACUGCCUGUUGAAAUAUUCGUGGAUACUGAGGCAGAGAUGACCUCGCAUACGUGUCAGACACUACUCCCUAGCAUGGACGCACAUUGCAUACGGCUGGAGGACCGUCUUGGAGCUUGGGCGAGGUACCUCGCGAGCUUCCAGGUCAAGGCGUUUGCUAUAUUGGCUUCUUCGUUUGAGAACGUGCUCUUUCUGGAUGCAGAUGCCUUCAUGGUCAAGGAUCCUGCCCACGUCUUCUCCCAAGGCCCAUUCACAUCGACCGGUCUCGUCACCUGGCCUGACUUUUGGGCUUCUUCUGCUUCUCAACACCUCUACGAAGUAACCGAACAACCCAUCCCAGCCAUAAACGCGCUUGCCUCGACCGAAUCCGGCCAACUACUAGUCUCCAAAUCCCGCCACGCCUUAACCCUCCUCCUAUCCGCCUACUACAACUACUACGGCCCAGACAAAUACUACCCCUUGAUGAGCCAAGGCGGCCCCGGCGAAGGCGACAAAGACUCCUUUAUCCUAGCCGCCCUAGUCGCAAAAGCACCAUUCCACCAAGUCAAAAAAUGCGUCGACACAAUAGGCUACUACGAACAUGGAGCUUACCACGGAGGCGCAAUGCUACAAUACGAUCCCACUCAAGACUCUACCUCUCUAGCCCCUAGUGUUAGCACCAUGGACACCCCUCCUGACGCAUUUUCCGUGCAUCACAAUAUUCCAAAAUACGAUCCUGUGCAACUCUUCGAUAGUGGUGUGUUGGUUGAUGCGAAAACGGGGAUACCACACAGAUUGAUAGGGACAAAAGAAGAGACGGAAAAGAGAUUCGGAAGGGAUAUUGAAAGAGAGCUUUGGGAGGAGAUUGAGUAUGUGACUUGUGAACUCGGCGAGCAGAUUGUGGGCUGGAAUACUAUACCUACUUCGGAGGAUGAGAGUGGGACUUGUGAUAGAGUGAAGUGGUUUCGGAAGGAGAUAUUUGUACAAGAGGAAGAAGUUUGAAUGACGAUAUCUAUUGUUUAAUGGAAAAUAACGAUUUCUUUGCUCUG